AUGACGGCAACCGACCUUGACCAGCUCAUCGACAUGGGCUUCGAGAAGGAGAGGGCUGAGCUCGCAGUCUCUGAAUCUGGCGGAUUGCAAGCUGCUCUCGAAUGGCUCGAAGCGAACCAAGACAAGUCUCUUGAAGAGAUCAAAGCCGCCGGUGCAGACUCAAGCCAGGCUGAAGAAGGACCUCCAUUGAAAGAUGGUGAAGAGCCUCGAAGUUUGGUAUGUAACGAGUGCGGGAAGAAAUUCAGAAGCCAUGCCCAGGCCGAAUUCCAUGCGUCCAAAACACAACAUGUUGAUUUCUCGGAAUCUACUGAGGAACUCGCGCCCUUGACCGAAGAGGAAAGAACAGCUAGGCUUGCGGAACUGCGGGAGAAAUUAGCUGCUAAGCGAGCUGUGCAGUCAGAGCAAGACAAGCUCGACAAAAAGAGAAAUGAGGAAAUUCGCCGCAAAAACACCAAGGAAUCGCAGGAUAUCAAAGAAGAUCUACAGAAAAAGGAACAGCUCAAAGAGGCGGCGAAGAAGCGAAAGGAAAAACAGGAUGAGUUGGACGCCAAAGCUCGAAUCAGAGCCAAGAUAGCUGCAGAUAAGGAAGAAAGACGAUUGAAGGCUGAGAGAGAGAAGGCCGAACGAGCAGGCCAAGCACCUCCACAACCUGUGGCGGUCUCUACUCCGACUUCAUCGGGGCCAGUGACUUCGAAACCGGCAUCAGCAUACACGGAGACUCGCUUACGAUUGCAGACGAGUAAGGGAAAUAUCCUCAAAACCCUUCCCGUCGACACAACAUUGUUUGAGGUUGCUGCUGCCCUUAGAAAGGACGAUGGGGUCGAGGUUCAAUCAUUUGCACAAAAUUUCCCUCGAAAAACCUAUGGCGCUGAAUUAUUUGGAGAAUCGCUUAAAGAUCUUGGCCUCGUUCCGAGCGCUAGUCUUGUAGCGCAAUGA